AAAAUGCAGGCGCGUUAUCGUGACGUCACUUAAGCGCGACAACAUCGCCUUCCUGUUGGCGCUGAACAAAAACAAAACCACAAAAUGAAUAAAUAAACAUCAAAGAAAAUUUUAUAACGCAACGAGAAAAGCUGGCGGUCUGGUCCUGGUUCGGUGACGAACAGACACACGGAACCGGAAACCCACGGUGUGAAUGAGUUCUGGUUCUGGUCGGUGAUGCAGGCUGGAUCAGAACCUCCAGGACCUGGACUCAAGUCCGCCAGAAGGUCGCCUCGUCUAUCUUCACAGGCUUCCAGCUGUGAAGAACGAGAGAAGGAGGAGGACAGACGCAGCCUGCAGGAGGUGAAGAGGAGAGGUAGGAUGGAGAGGAGCAGAGAGCAGCAGGAGGAGGAGCUGAGCGGCAAGCUGAAGACGCUGGAUCUGUCCAGCAGGUCUGCUGCCAGUGGAACCGGUCUGGUUUACUCCGAGAUCUUCACGCACCAUCAGAACCUGUGGGAUCCUUGUCACCCGGAGAGUCCGGACCGCAUUCUGUCCAUCAUGGCGGAGCUGAAGAAGCAGGAGCUGCUGGGUGUGUGUGUUCCAGUGGAGCCCAGAGAAGCUACAGAAGAAGAGCUGCUGCUCGCGCAUACGAAACCUUACAUCAGCAUGAUAGAGUCGACCCAGACCAUGACUCAGCAAGAGCUCCAGAUGCUGUCCGACAAAUACGACUCGGUUUACCUCCACCCUGAGUCCUUCCAGGUGGGUGUGACGGCUGUUGGUUCCGUCCUCCAGCUGGUCGAUCAGGUCAUGACCUCUGAACUCAGGAAUGGAUUUGCUGUGAUCAGACCUCCAGGACACCAUGCUGAGUCUAACGAGCCCAACGGUUACUGCGUGUUCAACAACGUGGCCAUCGCAGCUCGAUACGCUCAGACCCACCACGCCGUUCGCAGGGUGUUGAUCGUGGACUGGGACGUCCAUCAUGGUCAAGGGCUCCAGCACCAGUUCCAGGAGGAUCCAAGCGUCCUGUACUUUAGUGUCCACAGGUAUGAGAAUGGGUCUUUCUGGCCUCACCUGCCGGAGUCGGACUGCAGCUUCACUGGAACGGGACGAGCUGAGGGAAGAACUGUGAACCUGGCCUGGAACCAGACGGGGAUGACUGACGCUGAUUACAUCACAGCAUUCCAACAAGUUCUGCUGCCUGUUGCCUUUGAAUUUCAGCCUGAGCUGGUUCUGGUCUCUGCUGGAUUCGAUGCUGCAGUCAGAGAUCCGAAGGGGGAGAUGUGUGUGAGUCCUCAGUGUUUCCAUAUUCUGACCCACAUGCUGAUGAGUUUGGCUGAAGGACGACUUGUUCUCGCUCUCGAGGGAGGUUAUAACCUGCAGACGACAGCAGAGAGUGUAGUAGCUUGCAUCAGAGCUCUGCUGGGCGGAGCUUGUCCUCAUCUGGACACCCCCCCUGCUCCCUCUGAUAGUGCUCUCGAGUCCAUCUCUCAGACCGUCUCAGCUUUGAUUCCACACUGGGCCUCGCUGCAAGUCCUGGGCGGCUCAUUGGCUGAGGGUGAUGUCAUCAGAGCAUCAACAGGUGAGAGGAGCGUCACCAUUGCUAACCGCUCCCCCUCCGUUACCACGACAACUGGUCUAGUCUAUGAUGAGAGGAUGAUGGAGCACAUGAACCUGUGGGACAGGCAUCACCCCGAACAGCCGCAGAGAAUAUUUAAGAUCUUCUCCAAACACCAGCAGUUGGGACUGGUGGACCGCUGCCAGCAGAUCCCAUCUCGCCUGGCAACGGAGGAGGAGCUGGCCAUGUGCCACAGCAAGCAGCACAUCGAGCUGAUGAAGGCCACUGCAGAGAUGAAGCCUCGAGACCUCCAGAGACUGGGAGACGAGUUUAACUCCAUCUUCAUCAACAACCAGAGCUUCCAAUGCGCCCAGCUUGCAGCAGGAAGCUGCUUCAAUGCUGUGGACAGCAUCCUGAGUGGACAGGUGAGUAACGGAGUGGCCAUCGUACGUCCUCCCGGUCAUCAUGCUGAGAGAGACGUACCCUGUGGAUUCUGUCUCUUCAACACCGCGGCUCUGGCUGCGCGCCACGCCCAAAAUGUCAUUCGCCAUUCUCGGUUGCGAGUCUUGAUCCUCGACUGGGAUGUUCACCAUGGCAACGGGACUCAGCAUAUGUUUGAAGAGGAUGACAGCGUCCUGUACGUCUCCCUCCAUCGCUAUGACAACGGCAUGUUCUACCCAUCUUCAGAGGACGGCGCUCCUAACAAAGUGGGAGUGGCCAAAGGGGUGGGAUUUAAUGUGAACGUGGCUUGGAGCGGAGGAAGAAUGGGCGACUCGGACUACCUCGCUGCCUUUCACCAUGUUGUCAUGCCGAUUGCCCGAGAGUUCAACCCUGAUUUGGUUCUGGUGUCUGCUGGGUUUGAUGCAGCUCGGGGGGAUCCGUUGGGUGGAUAUAAUGUGACUCCUGCAGGAUACGCACACCUCACACACAUGCUGAUGUCACUGGCUGGGGGGCGUGUCCUACUCAUCCUGGAGGGGGGUUAUAAUCUAACCUCCAUCUCUGACUCCAUGGCGAUGUGCACCAGCGUGUUGCUAGGCGACCCACCACCAUCCUUGUCCAUGCCCCUUCCCCCUCCGCAUUACGGUGCUGUGAAAACAAUCGUUGAGGUAAUCCAGAACCACGCCCCCUACUGGAAGUCUCUGAGGAUUCACGUUCCAGAGUCAGUGCUGAUGUCCCUGUCCUCCCCAGAGCAUCGUGGGAAACGUAGUUCUAAAGGAAAAGGCAGAAAGUCUGACCAACUGCCACCUCCUCCUGAAACAGAGGUUUCUACGACGGCACACGAUCUGGAGCAGCUUGCACAGGGAUUGGCUGAUCUAGACAUCAGUCAAGCUUCAGCCAGUCAGCCGCCUCCUGUUACGUCCACCCCAGUUGGAGGAGCAAGGACGAAGGUCCGUCUGAGUUCAGAGGUCAAAGGUCUUAAAAAGGUGGAGUCAGAGGUCAGCCCAGCAACAGAGAGUGUGCUGGCUCAGAGCAUUGCUGGAGCAGAGGCGGAGCUUGAGGCAGCAGGCGCAUGUGGUUAUUCAAAGCCCGAGGUGUCUCUGGAACUGACCUGUGGUGCUGAGACCACUCUUUAUUGUGUCAACCCCCUGACCUGGUGUCCUCACCUGGAUGCUGUUAAGCCCCUCCCCCCCUCAGGUGUAGACAUCUUUGCUCAGUGUGAGGACUGCAGCUCGGAUUCUGAGAACUGGAUCUGUCUCACCUGCUACCAGGUGUACUGUGGCCGCUACGUCAACGAGCACAUGGUGGUUCACGGCACCGCGUCGGAACAUCCCAUGGUGCUCAGCUUGUCGGACCUGUCUGUGUGGUGCUACCUGUGCGAGUCCUAUGUCUACAACCAGGUUCUGUUUGAAGCCAGAAACGCAGCUCACUUUGCCAAGUUUGGAGAGGAGGUCCCUCCACAGAGCUGAGAGGAGGCUGCAGGAGGAGGAGGAGCUGUCCUGUAUUGGGUUGCCGUGGAUACCAGCACACUGGUGCUCAGUGGAACAGUCAACAGUUUUUUUUACUGCAUAUUUUCAUCAUAGGCAGAUUGUUGCUUCGGUUCUCCUGGAAUUGUUACUUUUAUUCUGUUUUAACUAUUAGCUUUUAUUUUGAAAAUUCUUCUCACAAACAGUAGGACACAAAUACAGGAAGCAGCAGAUCGAACAAAUGUCCACGGCUGUUCAGUAAAUAAAGCAUUUAAGUUUGUUUUAGGUGAAAUCUGUAACUUUGUUCUUAAAUCUGUAACUUCUGCAACAAUAAACCAAUCAGAAGGGA